GCCCACUGCUUAAUCACCUCAGCGGUGGCCAGCAAGGGAAGAGAGGCGCGCAGGCGCAGUUCCGCCCCAGCCGGCCAGCCGCAGGUUUGAAUGGCCAUUCGGCCAAAGGCAGGGUGACUGGAAGCUGAGGCGAAGGGAGAAGGGCCAUGUUCUCCUCAGCCGGGACUCCUCCUCCGUCUCCUGGCCGAGGGACCUGAGGGAAACCGCCUGCCUGCCUGCCUGCCUCUUGCCACGAAGCGCCUCAGGCACUCAGUCCUUCUGCAGCCUUUGACAUGCAGCCCAGGGCGAGAAGAUUCUCCGUCUACAUCUUGUUUGCCUCAUUGCUGGCAUGUCUGGUAUACUUAAGGAAGGACCCCAAGUUGCCUUCAGUAACUCGGAAACCGCCUCGGCCAGAUCCAAAGCGGACAUUCAGAGUCCCUGAACUGGCAGAGUCUCCGAAUUGCUUGCCAGACCGUACGGUUGCGAAUGCCUCCGCUUCCCUUCCAGAAGUUCACCGUGUUUUUUUAACUUCCAAACACUGCCGGAACUUUUCAACUCUGCUGAAGCCCUCCGAAUGCAAGGCGGAGACCUUCCUGGUCCUGGCGAUCAAGUCUGCCCCGGUGAAUGUAGACCGCCGAGUGACCAUCAGGAACACGUGGGGGAAGGAGAGGGUCAUUGGCGGCAAGCUGGUGCGGCUGGUGUUCUUACUUGGCCGCUCUCAGGUCAAGGUUCAGGCUCACUCCCUCCAGCAGCUCCUGCUCUACGAAAGCCUAGAGUUUGACGACAUUCUGCAGUGGGAUUUUGUGGAUAACUUCUUUAACCUGACGCUAAAGGAGCUGCACUUCCUUCGGUGGCUGGUGGAGGACUGCCCGCAAACCCGCUUUGUGCUCAAAGGGGACGAUGACGUCUUUGUCAACACGUACAACAUCAUCGAAUUCCUGAAAGAUUUGGACUCGGGAAAGGACCUCUUUGCCGGGGACGUCAUCAGCAAAGCCCGGCCCAUCAGGAACACCAAGGCCAAGUAUUUCAUCCCGGAGUCGAUGUACCCGGCGCCCUUCUAUCCCCUCUAUGCUGGCGGCGGCGGCUACGUCAUGUCUCAGCGGACGGCCCAACGGCUGCAGGCCACGGCCGAGGACACCGAGCUCUUCCCCAUUGAUGACGUCUUUGUUGGGAUGUGCUUGGCCAAAAUGGGCCUGACCCCAACGCACCACCCUGGCUUUAAGACCUUUGGAAUCCAGAGGCCCUUUAAUCCGUUUGAUCCCUGUCUCUACAAAGAACUGAUGAUCAUACACAAACUGAACCCGACGGAGCUUUGGGUCAUGUGGACGCUGCUGAAAGACGACGGCCUCAGAUGUGCCAUGUCAGGGACCUCGAAACUAUAGGGCAGAUUUGGGCGCAUCUGGCACAGCGUGUCGUGGACUUUGAUGGGCACGGGCUUAACAUUUCCGUUUGAUUUCAACAUGAGGGUGUUGACAGUAGGAUAACUUUGCUUGCACUGAUGCUUCCCUCUCUGCGUAUAAUUGUUUACAGACAUUUUCAACAGGUUGGGGGGCUCACUUGACUUUCCAAAAGUGAAUUCUUUUGGAUUAUUGCUUCCAGAGGUUGCAGCCAGUAAGGCCGAAAAGAACUUUCCUUGUCACGGUGUGGUGACAACACAGAACCUCCAGGUUUACUAACUGUAUACUUCACAAAGAAGGAGUUUUAUGCCCUGCUAGUGGACUGUUCUAUAGGCCCAUAAUUAACUACUGGAGGAAAACAGAUUGACCAUUCUAUCAGGUUGCUCAUCUGCUUCCAGUUGUUUUGCUUACCUUGGAUAGUUUUGAGACCAAGUUUUAAGAAAUAAAUUGGUGCAGUAGUCCUAGUUGCAACGAGGGCAGAACCUCUUCCAAGUGGAACCCCUUUAAUGCCAUUGAAUUGAGUGAAGUUUGUGGUUACGUCACCCUGAAAUGGGAGAAACUUGACACCGCUUUUGUUUGGACUCAAUUCAUUUUGGUCAGGAGACCGGAACAUCUUGGACAACAAAUAUGCAAUGCUCCCUACUUAUCCAAAACUAGCAGGAGAGUUUCUGUAGGCCUCAUAAACAUGAGAGUACUACAAGUGUAGUCUUUCUCUCUGGAGAAAGGUCAGCUUCACGGCAUGGUCUGAAAUCUGUCUUGAGAAAGUCACUGGACUCUUCAGAUAAGCAUGUACGGUCAUUUGUGUCUGGUAACUUGCAUACUCGAUGGACUAUUAGACUGUUUCCGUGCUGUAAUGUUUUAUGUGGGAAUGUAACAAGAGAUAGCACACCAACCAUUAUCUAGUACCUAUAAUAAAUCAUGUUCAAUUCUU